GCUGCGUAAACGCAGGCUGCGUGGAGCAGAAGGAAAGUGAAGAGGGAUGGGCUAACUGAGGCACCAGACCACAACUCGGGUUGCGCCUCGAUUACAAACCAGUUUGGACAAAUCUGUUCGAGGGAGAAGAAAGUAGUGCGCAAUGAUGGCUGCUUACCAAAACCCAGAAGAUGACGCCAUGACACUGAUGGUCCACGACACCAACACGAGCAAAGAGAAAGAGCGGCCCAAAGAAGAACCGGUCCAGGAGAAGAUCUCGGAGAAGACCGACCCGUCCCAGAAGCCCCCGUACUCCUACGUCGCUCUUAUAGCCAUGGCGAUCCGGGAGAGCUCCGAGAAGCGACUCACCCUGUCCGGUAUUUACCAGUACAUCAUCAGCAAGUUCCCUUUCUACGAGAAAAACAAGAAAGGUUGGCAAAACAGCAUUCGGCACAAUCUGAGCCUCAACGAGUGCUUCAUCAAGGUCCCGCGGGAAGGCGGAGGCGAGAGAAAGGGGAACUAUUGGACUCUCGAUCCGGCGUGUGAGGACAUGUUCGAGAAAGGAAACUACAGGAGGCGCCGGAGGAUGAAGCGACCCUACAGACCUCCACCGACCCACUUCCAGCCCGGGAAAUCUCUCUUCGGCGGGGAUGGCUACGGCUACCUCUCGCCUCCCAAGUACCUCCAGUCCAGCUUCAUGAACAACUCCUGGUCGCUGGGACAGCCCCCCACCCCCAUGUCCUACACGUCGUGUCAGAUGGCCAGCGGCAACGUGAGCCCCGUCAACGUCAAGGGGCUGUCCGCGCCCUCCUCCUACAACCCCUACUCCCGGGUGCAGAGCAUGGCUCUUCCCGGCAUGGUGAACUCUUACAACGGCAUGAGCCACCACCACCACCACCACGCGCACUCCCACCACCCGCAGCAGCUGAGCCCGGCCGCCGCGGCGCCCCCUCCUCCCGUCCCCUCUAACAACGGAGCGGCGGCGGGCCUCCAGUUUGCCUGCUCCCGCCAGCCCGCCGAGCUGUCCAUGAUGCACUGUUCUUACUGGGAGCACGAGAGCAAACACUCGGCGUUACACACGAGGAUUGAUAUUUAAAUAACGUGCCACCAAAAGAAUUGUCUCUGACGUGAGGAGUCUGGAAGAAAGGGACUGCAGAGAUAUCAACAAAAAAUACAAAAGGAGAGUGUUUUUGUGGAGUGACAUUUGUGACGAGCUCUUGGGUCCAAUUUGACUGUGAUCAACUAAUGGGGGGGGGGGGG